AUGGACACAGCAGCAGCAUCAAGUCCAGAAAAUACAGACCCUGAAGGAGAAACCUUCGAAGAUGCGCCUGACUCCGCAAGUAUGGACGAAGGCAAGCCAGCCGGUUCUGGCAGGUCAUCAUCCGAAAUACCCUCAUCAUUCUCUUCUAGUUCUACGCCCAAAGCCUUUAUAUCCGAGUCCUCUCUGGCAGGGCAGACACAAGCCAGAAACGCUCUAACCAAUGGGUCCAAGGUGGUCGCAAAAUCUGGUCAGGUAGAAGAUGUCGAUAAGUCACCUCUUCUGACGGCACAUCGGAUGUCUACAGGGUCUAUAAACGAAAAGGAAUUGGAGGAGGUGCAGAAUGGAUCUGCCAAAAGUUCUUCGGUUACAGCUGUGAUAGCACCUACGCAACAAACCAAAGCGUCCAGAGACGUACCUCCUGCUAGACCACCUCCGCUACCAUCUCGCUUUACGGGCUUCUCUGCCUCUCUUCCAGGAGUCCCGUGGGGCGGCAGUUCGUCGAAGACCGUUACAAUCCCACCUGCAACCCCACCGACACAGUCCCGAAAGGUGACAGGACCUUUUGCGUGGCUCAAUCGAGCCGCGUCUGUGCCGAAGGAGGGCAGAUCGCCACCGCUCCAGGCGGGUAGCACCUUCUUGGACCGCAGAAAUACUUCGGUAUCCGUUUCAACCAUCGGCAGCAACCCAGAGUUAAUGUUGAAGACCUUAGACGAAGGGAACGAGACGAACGCUACUCAAGGAGGCCGGCCACCAACAAAGACUACGCUACGUGAUAGAUUUAAAUCGCUGAGAAUGCGAGAAGAGGCUGGCAUAACAUCAUUGGACGACCCGGAAAAGUCAGAAGGUGGCGCUAUAGCUGGUUUGAUUGGACGAGGUACCAGUCUAGGUGUAGGCGUUGCAAGUCCAAGCAGCGUAGCUGACGAGAAAGAGAGUGGCCUGGCUGGCUCACCCAUCACAAGCCCUCUGUCACCAUUACCUCCGUCUACUGUCAACGCCACUCUAGCUCCAGGGACUGUGUCAGGCAUUUCAACUGCUGCACAGGAUGCCGUGACACCUAUUGAUUGGGAUUUUUGGCAGACGGUCGUCAAUGAUGGGCCUCAGGCAGUGGCCCGGACGAGCCCUGAAGAAUUGACACAAUCGAUAGCCAGUGGAAUCCCACAGACGAUCCGUGGUGUAAUAUGGCAAGUCCUGGCAGGUAGUAAGAACGAGGAUCUGGAAGGCGUCUAUCAAGAUCUCCUUCGCAGGGGCACGGACAAGGAAGCCAAAGACACCAGCCAGCAAGUGCACUUACCUAACGGACACGCCAAUGGCAGCGUCAAGGAGAAGGAGCCAAUUGCUUCCUCUGGUUCAUCAGUACAUUCUGAUCGUUCUACUCCAGCAACGAGCACAACUGUAGGAGCCCACUCACCUGCUCCGUCCGCUGAGAAAAACACCGAGACUGUGGCUAAAGUGCAGGCAGAACUGGUAGCAGAACGUCAGAAAAGGGUUAACGAAGAUGCUGUUGCACUUCAGAAGCUGGAGAAGAUGAUUAAAAGGGACAUGGGCGCAAGAACGAGUUACUCGAAGUAUGCCGUUGCUGCAGGCUUUCAAGACGGUCUUUUCAAUGUUUGUAAGGCUUACGCUCUGUUCGAUGAUGGGGUUGGGUAUCCGCAAGGAAUGAAUUUCAUCAUCAUGCCAUUACUCUUCACGAUGCCCGAAGAAGAAGCUUUCUGCCUGCUGGUUCGACUUAUGAACAAGUACGGCCUUCGAGAACUUUUUGUUCAAGAUAUGCCCGGUUUGCAUCUGCAUCUGUACCAGUUUGAAAGACUUUUAGAAGACCUCGAACCGGCCCUAUAUUGCCACCUCAACCGUCGAGGUGUCACUCCCAAACUCUACGCCACUCAAUGGUUUCUCACUUUAUUCGCCUAUCGCUUUCCCUUGCAACUCGUCAUGCGCGUAUUCGACCUAAUUCUCUCUGAAGGCUUGGAAGGUGCUAUUCUCAAGUUCGGUAUGGCUAUGGUGCAGCGAAAUGUUUCGACACUCCUUGCUAUGGAUGAUAUGGCCGCUUUGACGAACUUCCUUAAGGAGAAGCUCUUUGAUGCCUACAUCGACCAAACUCCAUCGAACAAAUCGAUCCUCGAGUCCGGUUUCUUUGGGAGCUCUGGAGGAACAGAUACCGAGGUCUAUCGAGCCGACAUCUUGGUACAGGAUGCGUGCAGUGUGAAGAUUACACCUGAGAUGCUCAAGAGAUAUCAGUCUGAGUGGAAUGAAAAGAUACGAACAGAGAGAGAUCGAGAGACUGAAAUUGACAACUACAGGUCGACGAUAGCCACACAAGCAGCCAAGAUCCGGAGUCUUGAAGAGAGAGCAGAAAAAUCCGACACAGAGCAUGUACAAAUUGCUACCGAUCUUGUCCGGAUCAAGGUAGAGAAUCAAGAACUACACGACAGCAAUGAAAGUCUCCGAGGCCAAGUGGAGGAACUGAAGAAAGUGGUGGAAAGUGAAGCCGCUGCCGUUGAAGCAAGACUGAAAGAUGAAAUGGAACGCGUGAUGCAACGUAACAUCGAAGUUCAGAAUGACAACCGCCUUAUGGAGGAGUCGAUGGCUGAGAUGGAGGCCAGUCUUGUAGAGACAAAAAUGAAAUAUGCUGAGAUAACGGAAAACCACGAGACACUGAAACAGAAGUGGAAUGACCUUCGCAAGGCGUUGGAUUGA